GCGGGGUGCUCGAAGGGACCGGGAAGACUAACUUUGGCGUGCCUCGUUGUGGACUCUGUCGUGCCCAUGCUGCAAUUUGAUUGGCCGACGAUUUUUUUUAGACGUUUGAUUGGCUGGUGUGAAGUGUCGCCGGGGUGUUGAGGGGAAAUAAAUCAUCGGCAUGUCGUCGAACCGAUUGGACUCGCACCGCAAGUCGUCGUCCAGGUCUCGGUCGCUCUCUCGCUCGUCCACCGGCAUUUAUGCGUCGUCGCCAAUUCCGCAGACGUCCAACGAUGCACCAUCGGUGCAUUCGCCGCUCCUCCUCGAUCCAUCGCGCUCGAGACGUGCUGGGUCGUACACGAUUCGUCGUGAGGUCCUGCUCACAAUUUGCUGCGUGCUAUGCUUUGUGUGUUCUGGGGGUCUCAUUCUCGGAUUUGGUCCAUUCUAUACGACCCUCGUUGAUAGCGAGGAAUGGCACGAGCACUGCCCUCCACACUCGACGGACGUAUGCCCCACGCAAGAAGUGUUUUUACAGGUUGUGUUUUCAACCAGCUUUCUCUUGCUCAGCGCUGCCAACGUCGUCUUUGGUCUGUGCAUCGAUAUCGUCGGCCCUCGCGUCGCAGCCAUCGUGGGUCUCUUGCUUGCGACGGUGGGCAAUCUUUGUGUGGCAUAUGGGGAAUCAACGGUGUACGAUGGCAUCGGCAUUAUUGCGGGGUACGGGCUGAUUGGAAUGGGGGGCAUGGGCCUCUUCCUUUCAUCGUUCCAAGUGAUCAACUUGUUCGAGAACCAAGGCAUUCCUUGCAGCAUCAUGUCCAGCUUGUUUAACUUGUCAGCCUACGUGUACAUGCUACUCAAGGUCCCUGGAACCACCCGCAUCACGUUUUUCGGAUCCUAUGCUAUCGUAUCGGCGCUAGCUCUUGGCGUUUGCUUUGCCACAUACCCCGCCAAGAACAUCCACCAUUCGCGGCCGCACCUCCUCGUGCCUGGCUUGAGCCUGUACAUCCCCACACCACGGAAACCUACGUUGCUGCUGGACGGCCUCAAGCAAGCCCUUCGGUCCGGCGACUUAUGGCACUUUGCUUUCUUCUUUGGCUGGCUCUCGCUCGUGUUUUCGUUCACGGGUGGCGCAAUUCCAAGCAUCAUUCGCCGCACCGCCACGGACAUGGCUGCUGCUGAUGUGUACACCAACUUUCUCUUCCCGACCAUGUCCAACUCGACGUUCUUGUUUGCCCCGUUCAUCGGGUACUGCAUCGAACGCUUCGGCUUCCAGCAAGUGUUUGCUGGCUGCCUGUUCUUGACGCAGCUCUUCCUCGCGACGUUGCUUGUCCCCGUCGUCGAGGUCCAGCUCCUUGGAUUUGUCUUUUGCUCGAUUGCCCAGGCGAGCCUGUACACCCUCCAGUUUGCCUACAUCAUGAUGUGCUAUCCGUCGCAAUUGUACGGCACAUUGCAAGCCUUCGUGACGCUCUUCAGCUUUGCCAUCGGGUCGCUGACGUACUUGCUCAACCCCCUCGCACAACAGUAUUUCGACGGCGACUACACCGCCAUCCUUCUCUUCCUCGCCUUCCCAACGUUGUGUCUCUACGGCUUCCAGCACUACAUCCGGGAAGAAGCGGACGAACACAACGAAGCUGUCCCGUUCGACGAGCCCAUGACCCCUCUGUCAAAAUAACUCCAACACGUGCUCUUUAAAUCGAAUCCUCCGUGCUAUCCAUGCCAUUUUCAAACAGAACGUUAUGACUCACCCGCAGCGAAGCCCGCGUGCCACGGCGACCUUCCCUUUGAAUUGGCCU